UCUCUUUCCGCGGGUACGUUUUUUGAUAAAAUGGCAAUAUUUCCUUUGAUACGACAGCGAAAACAACAGUAUAUCUCCAUGGAAACGACAACGAAAUUAAAUUUUAGCGCCAUAGGAAACGAUUCAGACAUUAAAAUGAAGUACUGGGAACCUCCUUAAUAGUCAAAAUCCAUUAAAGCUGGUGCCUUCAAAAGUUGCCAGUUUUAUAUUAAACUUAUUCAAGAGAAUCAAUUUGUUAUAGUGCUUACGUACACCCUUAUCAAAAUUUGACAAGAUCUGUUCCACGUGCCAGAAUUAUUCGGAAGUUUUUGAUGUGGUACCAAAAUUUGUUUGUCUGCAGCAAAGGUUAAAUGGAUUUUUGAAACCUUCCUAAUCUUGAUAUGAAAUCUUUGAUAUCUGUUCUCCAAAACACUUGGGAAUAAAAAAGGAAGGAGCUAAUUUGAAUGUUUGCAGAACGUUAAUAUAUCUGAAGCAUAUCUAAUCAUUUAUCUUCAACUUAAAUAAAGUGAUUUUGUUUGAUUUCUAAUCCAGUGUCUCUUAUUUAAUUGAUUCAGUGGUUUUUUUCAUUCAUCGACAAAUAUGUUUUUAGAAAAUUUGAAAUUAUUGAUCUCUGCUAAGUUUAACAAUGACCAUUUAAUUGAAAUGGUGAAAAACCAUACUAAUUUGGGGCAGAUAAAUAUUGAUAAUGUUACUCUGAAACCACCUUCCCAAAAAGUUGGCGACUCUUAUUUGAGUAAGAUAGUUAGAUUCAGAAUAGAUGCUACUGGGGUAAACCAAAGUGGAAAAGAGGAGAAAGUGGAGGUCAAUGUUAUCACGAAAGUGCUUCCUUCAAAUAUUGGUAGAAGAAAAACUUUCAGGUCAUUUGACUUUUUUGAGAAUGAGAUUAUUUUUUAUGAUAAGGUAUGGUCAUCGAUGAGAAAAUUUUCCAGAUCCAAAGCAGUAGAUCAGCAAUUUGAUAAAAUAAUUCCCCUAUUCUUAGCCUAUUAUUCAGAUGGACAGAAUGAUUUUAUAUCACUAGAAGACCUCUCAUGUAAAAAUUAUGAUUCAUUAGAAAGAGGAAAUGGCUUGGAUUAUGAACAUACUAUCAAUGUUAUUGAUGUUUUUGCUAAAUUUCAUGCUUUGUCUCUUGCCUAUAAGGAUCAAAAACCAGAAGAAUUCAAUGAAGUAGUAAACAGUUUGAAGGAAGUCUAUUUCUCUGAUAAAUUUUAUGCUUGGUAUGGAAAACUGCAAGAAUCCUUAUUCGAUUUAGUGAGAGAUGCUGUUAAAAAAGAACUUCCCCAAAAGUACUAUGAAAAAAUAGACAAGAUUUUCAAAGAUGAUUUCUUCAAGAAAACAUGCUCUAUUUGUGAGAAUAAUCACUCACAUUUGUCUGGGGUAACUCAGGGGGAUGCAUGGUUACCAAAUUUUUUGUUCAGAAAUGAUGGACAGGAUCUUCAUAUUACUAUCAUUGAUUUUCAACUAGCAAGGUGGGCCCCUUUUUCAAAUGACCUCACAUUCUUCUUGUUCACUUGUGUAGAUGAAAAUGUAUUGUUCAAGUGUUGGGAUUCAUUCCUCAAUGAAUAUGCAGAUAAAAUGAAGCAUUACCUUUCUCUUCUGGGUAGCUCUUCCGAAAUAUUCAAUCUUGAAGAGUUUCGCAUGGAUAUAAAGAAAAAUAUAAUAUUUACGGUUGCUAUGGUCAUAGAAGCACUACCAAUGUCUCUUCUGGAAGGCUUUGAUUUGGAUUUGAUAAAUAGCGAUGAAGCAGUUCCUUUGGAAUCUGUAUGGGUAAUACAUCCAUUUGAAGAUAAGAAAAGAAGGCAAAAAGUUGCAAACUUCGUCAAAUUUAUUGUUGAUAAGGAAUUCAUUUGAAAAAGUUAUAAUUUAAUUAAUACUCAAAGGCAGUAUUUAAGAACUAAUCAUCAUUUUAAUCUUAUUAUAAAGUAAUAAACGAAUUUGAAAAU